CUGUACAUGAAUACCUUGUUUAUUUGAGAACCAACCCCUAGAACCCCAUUGAAUUUGGAAGAGCCUCUUGGCCUGAAUCAAAGUACUAAGGAGCUGUCUCCCAGCAACAUGAGUGAAGAGUCUCAUAGAAAUCCCAUGCUGGAAAAUCUGCUUCAGCUGAGAUGUCACUUUACUUGGGAGUUGCUUAUAGAAGAUGCGGAUAUGCCUGACUUAGAAAUGAGAAUUUCCGAUACUGAGUUACCUGAUACCGAGAACAGCAUGGGGAUGCACAACCUGCUGGCCUACGUGAGGCACCUGAAAGGCCAGCAUGAGGAAGCCCUGCAGAGCUUGAAAGAAGCAGAAGCCUUGACCCAGAGGGAGAAGCUGGACAAGAGAAGCCUGGUGACCUGGGGCAACUGUGCCUGGGUGCAUUACCACAGGGACAGCUUGGCAGAUGCCCAGACCUACCUGGACAAGGUGGAGAACACUUGCAAGGAAUUUGCAAGCCCCUUCCGCUACAGGAUGGAGUGUGCCGAGGUGGACUGUGAGGAAGGCUGGGCCUUGCUGAAGUGUGGAAGACAGAAUUAUAGACGAGCCAUGGCCUGCUUUGCAAAGGCUCUGAAAGUGGAUCCUGAAAACCCUGAAUACAACACUGGCUAUGCCAUCGCAGCCUAUCGCCAGGAUUUCAAUGACAAUAGUAUUUCUCUGGAACCCCUAAGGAAGGCUGUCAGGUUAAAUCCAGAAGAGCCAUAUCUUAAAGUUCUCCUCGCCCUAAAGCUUCAGAACUUGGGAAAACCAGAUGAAGCAAGAAUGUACAUUCAAGAAGCUCAGGCCAACACAUUCUGCCAGGCCUAUGUCUUUGGAUAUCUCGCCAAAUUUUACCUAAGAGAAGAUUUUGUGGAGAGAGCUCUCCAUCUCCUAUACAGAGCCUUGCAGGUGAAACCUUUCUCAGCCUUCUUGCAUUACCAGAUUGGGAUUUGCUACAAGAGGCAAAUGAUCCAAAUAAAGGAAGCAGCAAACAUGCAACCUAGAGGUCAGGAUAGAGAAAGAGCAGACCGGUUGAUCCGUUUGGCUAUGCUUCAAUUUCAAAAGACUUUAGAAUUGAGACCCACAUUUGAGACAGCUUAUGUUAAUCUUGCUGAAAUGUAUGCAGAAGCUGGCCAGUUUGGAGAGGCAGAGGACAAUUUUCAGAAAGCGUUGAGCAUAAGGAACCUUGAUAUUAUUAUCCAACAAGACAUUCAUUUCCGCUAUGGCCGUUUCCAACAAUUUCAUAAGCGAUCAGAAGACAGAGCAAUCACCCAUUAUAUAAAGGGUCUGAAAAUAGAAGGGACUUCUUCCUAUGCCAGAAACAAGCUUCUCGAGGCUUUGCAGAGACUGGCUGAAAGACGCCUUCGCCAGAAUGUUCGAGUUGUGGAGAGCAUCAGCCUCCUUGGGUUUGUCUACAGACUGAGAGGAGACACGAGGGAGGCUCUGCAGUGUUAUGAGAAGGCCCUGAGACUCACUAAAGCAUUGAACCCUGAGUUUUGAGGCACAGCUCAUCAAGUGACAUAGUAAGCAUUCUAAGGGCUCAUUAUUCUACUACUCUUUUGUGACUGUUGCCUUAAGUAUGAGGAACCAGAUGAAAGUUAGAGAUGACUCCUUCUCUGUAGUCUGCCUUUCUACAGCCAUGGUUUUGUUUUGUCUUGUUUGUUUGGCUGGUAGUUUUGUUUUUCUUGGAUCUGUGUGUCUAUGAUAGGAGCUUCCAUUCUCUUAUUACACUUUGUUGUACUCAUCAAUCAUGGUUGACUCCUGAUGUUCUAGCCGCUUGUGAGCUGCCUUUGGGGUGCAUGAACUACACUCUCAGUCCUAUGGUACCCUGAUCAAAGUACAUUUUCCUAAAGAAGGCUUACUUUUUAUGCUUCAGGAAUCUCUGGCCUUCGGCAAUACAUGAGAGAAAAUUAAAUGAACAAGGAUGAGCAAUCAAAAAGAGAGGAAUUCAGGAUUCCCCUACAACAUUCCAGUCCAUACUUCCAUUGCCACAGGUCCUACAAAAUCCAUAACCUGCUGGUCAACAAGCUCAACCUUAUAAUAAGUGCAACUACUUAUAUCAAGUUUCUGAUCUCAGACAAUUGUGGUAAAUGUGGGUAGCCCAAAUACAAGGAUAUUUAUUUACAGCUAACAAAACUUUCAAAGUUUUCGGGGAUGACAGAGUAAGAGGGUAGCCUCUUUGGAAUGUACAAACUAAAAAUAGCAUAAAUAGCUUCAUGACACUGCUUAGAUUAUUGAGAAUUGUGUGAUAUUAUAUUUUUAAUUUUUAGCAUAUAGUAUUCAAUAAAAUCUGCCAAUAUUA